AUCAAUUCCGGCUCUGCGCGAAGGAGCGCCGCCGUUUCCGGGGAGGGGUGGCAAAGGAGAAAAGCGAGGGCGCAUGCGUAGGGACUCCACGGCCCGACAGGCCUCUGGAGUAGCGGUCCAACAGGCCUCGCGAGUAGCGGCCCAGGGCCUUGUGGGGGAUGUAGUUCCCUGGCUGCGGACGCCGCGGCGCUGGGCCAGCGGAAGACUCGGUUUCCCAGAGAGCCGAGCGCGGCGCCAAAUGGAGGCCACCGGGUGGCGGUGAGCCGCCCACUACAGUGGAGCAGCUGAAAGGAGCCGGACUGAGGCCACCACGCCUGUGCCAGCAAGGGGCCUGUGCCAGCACUCCGGUGUCUGCACGGCGACCCUCAGACAGGGGAGGUGUGGUGUGCCCUGGGACACAUGGCUGAGGCAGGGGCAGGACAGCGCCUGGAGGCUGAGCAGGGCACAGAGUAUGCCACCCUGCCUUCUGACACCGUGUCCCUCAGCGACUCGGACUCUGACUUCAGCUUGCCUGGCAGUGCUGAGAUGGCGGGGGUGCUGCCCUGGGAGGCCCAGGGGGACUCAGACCCCGACGAGCCCGCUUUGCCUCCCAGGGGCCGCCCCUCGGCCUCGGCCUCGGCGCAGCCGUUCCACCUGAGGGACACGAGCUCCACCUUCUCCCGGCGCAGCCACAACAUCUUCGACUGUCUGGAGGGGGCAGCCAGGCGGCUUCUGCCCGCUGACAGUGGGGACUGCGCACGGCCACCGGCGCCCUCAAGCCAGCCCGCGGCGGAGGGCCCAGGCGGGGCCGGCCAGAGCCCUGCCCUCCCGAAGCGGCCCCCCGUCCCUGACUAUGUGGCCCACCCCGAGCGCUGGACCAAGUACAGCCUGGAAAACGUGGCCGAGGCCAGCGAGCAGAGCAAUCGGGCCGCGGCGCUGGCCUUCCUGGGCUCCAAGAGCCUGGCCGUCCCCGGUGACUACACGCCCUCUUUCAACCAGGACCCCUCCAGCUGCGGGGAGGGGAGAGUCGUCUUCACCAAACCGGCCCGGGCGGGCGAAGCCAGACCUGAGAGGAAGAGGGCCUUGAGGAAGGCAGGAGAGCCAGCCGGGGCUGCCCCUGGGAACCUGGGAGCGGCAGGGGGCGAGGGUCCGGUGGAGCUGGCCCACCUGGCGGGGCCUGGGAGCCCCGAGGCUGAGGAGUGGAGCAGCGCCCCCGGGGGCCUUCAGGAGGUGGGCUUGCUCCAGGGGGCUGCCCCCGCUGGGUCAGCAGCGGGGCCUCCAGUGGUGGAGACCGUCGGCUUCCAUGGCAGCAGGAAGCGGAGCAGAGACCAUUUCCGGAACAAGAACAGACCCGAGGCCCCGGGUGCUGAGGUCUGAGAGAAGAGCCUGCCCGGCUGAUGUUCCCUGACCAGGCUGGCGGAGCGGGGCGGCCGGGGUCGCUGCCCCCCUUGGGAAGGGAGCCUGCAGGCUGCUGGUAGGAGGGACCAGCAUCCUGGGGCGGGGGGCGGGGGGCGGGGGGGAGGCUCAGGGGAGUGGUCUCUGAAGCAGACAGCUUGCCCGCGGAUGGCAAAAGCCCUGGCCACCUUGUGGGGCAACAGUAAAGGUUGUGGGUAUUCCUCAGACUCUGUAUC